GGAUAAAUUCGCGGGGAUGCGGUCUCAAUCGCUAAACUCGACGUUUUGAGGCCCAUCAGGGGACCGUGGAUGACUUAGUGUCUAUCACAGGCAAUAUUUUGAAUGUGUGAGAGAGUUAUGCCUUGCCGAUCCGGGUUCUCUCCAUAUAUACGCCAUGGCUGCCCUAUCUGUUGUCCACUGGUUUCUUUUCGGAUCUGUCUCAAUCCGUUACAAUGUCAGCAGAAAAAUCUACACAGAGCUUGGACAAACAAGUUACACCGACGGAAACUGAGCAUAUUGAAGUCCGUCCCAUAGACUCGCCCCACGACGAGAAGUACGACAAUCAUGGAGCAACAGAUUUGGAGACUGGAGAUGGCGGGGCCUACAGCACUCAUUCUGUCUCCUUUCUGAUGACCGUCGUCGGCUGCUCAUUUGCUCUCUGCGGCUCCCAAAUCUUCCCGCUCCUCUACCUCACUCUCACCACAACCGUUGCCAAAGAACUAAAUGCCCAAUCUCUCACCAUAUGGCUAUUCACAGCAAGCUCUGUCGCCAUGGGCGCCGUGGCCCCCUUCAUAGGGCCCCUCGCCGACUUGAUCGGCCGCAAACCCCUCUUUAUUAUUGGGCUGCUGCUAUCCGUCGUGGGCGCAAUAGUUUGUGCCGUCACGCCUAACGCCCCGGGAUUCAUAGCGGGCCACAUCCUCCUCGGCGCCGGCGCCGUGACCCAGGAACUCCUCGCCAUAGCUGUCGUUUCCGAGAUUGUGCCUACCUCGCGCCGUCCCUUGUACGCGGUCAUUUCUCUCAGUUCCAUAAUUCCAUGGUCUCCAGGCUCCCUAUACGCAAACUGGAUGGCUCAGGUGUCUUGGCGCUGGAUUGGAUGCACCCUCGCCCUCUGGAAUGCUCUCACGCUUGCCAUCCUUAUGAUAUUCUACCAGCCUCCGCCGCGCGUUAACUCUCUUGGCCUAUCCCGCCGCGAACUCAUCUCCCGCAUCGACUUUAUCGGCGGUGCCUUGCUGACAACUGGCCUUGUCUUUGUCCUCCUCGCACUCAGCUGGGGAGGCCAACAGUAUGCAUGGACCUCCGCACAUGUCCUAUCCUUCUUGCUAUUAGGAUUUGCGCUCAUGUUCGUCUUUGUGGCAUGGGAGUUUUUUGGCACGAAGCAUCCGCUCUUUCCACGCCGCAUAAUCAAGGCGCCACGCCCGUUCUUCUGCAUGCUCUUUGUCAUCUUCGCGGCGGGUGUCAACUAUGUCCCACUGGUUGUGUUCUGGCCCAUCGAGGGAAUCUCCGUGUUUGGCGCAGACCAUCACCAGAAUGGGCUCUAUACCUUGCCCAUCGGGAUUUGCAUCCUUGGAGGGGCAAUCUCGUCUGCCUUCCUGCUUCACAUCUUUAAAAGGCAUAUCACAGUGGUCAUGACCAUGUUCUGUGUCAUGCAGACAGUUGCAUCGGCCUCCCUCGCAGCUAUCGACCCCCACAACGUCGCCACAGCUCUCCCUGCCAUCUGCUUCGCGCUCCUAGGCGUCGGCGGCGUCCUCGUUCCCAACCAAGUCAUCAUCACUGUCCUCACUCCCCCAGACCUCCUCGCUUCCGUCACAGCCCUUACCGUCGCCUUGCGCGCCCAAACCCAGGUUCUCGGCCUCGCCAUCUUCUACAACCGCUUCGUCGCCAAGGUUACCGAGGGUGGCUACGCUCUCGUAGCCCCCGCCAUGAUCAAGGCGGGCGUCUACGACCCGGAAGUAAUCUUUAACCUCGUGGAGGGCAUGUCCGCCGUGCCGUACUCGGCGCUCGCGAAGGCCAUACCCGAGCUAAUGGCAGACCCGGCUGCGUAUGAGGCAGUUGGAGAGGCGGCUCUGCAGUCGUUCGCGGCGGCGUUCAAAUUGAUUUAUUAUAUUACGAUUGCAUUUGGAGCGCCGGCUUGUGUGGCGGCGGCGUUCAUGGGGGAUGUCGGGCAAUAUAUGAAUGAGAAUGUUGCGGUUAAGCUGUGAGCACCUGGCGGGACCGGAAG